CGAACUCCCAACUCUUUCUGAGCUACAUAUAAAGUAAUAUGACCCAGCACGGUAUUGACUUUUUCCCAUUACUGGAAAACCACUCCUAAUAAUCUGAGACCGAAACAAACACGCCCUCUGAGAUACGCAUUGACAAGUUAAAAAUCCGUAUGCAGAAAAUUUCUUUUGGUCGGCGCUUUCAGCCACAGCAAUGGAGUCCAUUUCUUCAUCUACUUCGGCUCCAUUGCACAAAUCUAGAAUUGGGAAAUUCACGGUUUUCCAUGUAAGACCGUCGAGAACCCAUAAUUCUACGUUCACCCUCUUGCUCUUCUUCUUCUGCUGCCUCAAUCUCAUCCCCAGACUCUCCGCCUCCUUUACCAUCUCGGCUUCGGACUCAGAAGCCUUAUACGCCCAAAACUGCAAUCACAUUGUCCCCCAAUCGUCCUCUCCCUCCAGCACCUCAUACGCCAAUGGCUUGGCAAUAGAAUCCCUCCGGUUCCGAACCGGUUACUUCACCGGAGGCGAUCCACUCUUCAAAAAAACCGAACUUUCCGUCGGAUUCAGCGACCCCAAAUCUGUAACUUUCCGUCCCAUAUUUCUGCGCAAAACCGUCGCCGAUGGUAUAUACGAAGUCAGAGCGAACUUGCAUCUUCGCGACCGAUCGGUGUAUGUCUCCUUGAACUCCACGAACCGCCGGUUGCGUAUGAUUCACUACCGGGGUCCCAGAUUUCCAACGAGGAAAGGCAUCUUGGGCUUUACGCUAAAUGGGUUUUGGUCAGAAUCUUCUGGAAAGCUUUGUAUGGUCGGAUCGGGCUCGGUUUAUUUUACAGGUAACGCAAAGUCUCUCAGUGUUGUUCUAAAGCUUAAUUAUCCUCGAAAUUCGAGUAUUUACAGUAGUCUGAUUACUGGUACGUUAGAGAGUUUGAAUGUCAAGCAUAAUCCGUACUAUUUCGAGCCAAUUUCUUUGUUGGCAUUGUCUCAGAAUUUGAGUUACGAAUACACAUUGAUGAAGAAAGAAAACGACAAUGGGUGUAUAAGUGGAUAUGGUGGAAAAAGUUUAUCUCUGAAUGAGUCUUAUCCUCUGUGUUCAAUUCUUGGUAACCUAGUAGAAAGAUUUGAACUGGAAUAUGGUAGUGAUUGUGAUGGUGUAAGUUGCAAUCCUGUUGGUGGGAGUGCUGGAUAUGUUCCUGAUUUGAUGUUUUAUUAUAAGACUCGAUGUACAGAUGCGAGUAAAAUGCAGAUGCUAUUGGGUUUUCCUAACACCAAUUACAGUGGUGGUGUCAAAUUUCCUUUUGUACCCAGCACUACAUUCAUUGCUGAGGGAGCUUGGGAUGAGAAGGAGAAUCAACUGUGUGGUAUUGCCUGCCGAAUCCUUACUUUUACGGAAUUAACUAAUGCUUCUGUUGGAGAUUGCUCAGUUAAGUUUAGCUUAAGAUUUCCUGCAAGUUUGUCUCUACGAAACAGGAGUACUGUUGUAGGGCAGAUUUGGAGCAACAAUGUGGUAAAUAGCUCAGGUUAUAUUCGUAAAAUUGGGUUUCAGAAUUCUGGUGAAAUGUUAAUGGGGAUGUUAGAUUUCAAGUAUGAGUAUGAUAACUCGGUUGACACCCCCAAGAAAACUUGUGCGAGAAAGAAUCCUGCUGGUGGCAAGGGAAAGACAUAUCCUAAUGAGCAUUCCUUGGACAUGAGAUUUGACAUGUCAGUGAGAAAUGGUAAAGGACAAGUAGCAUGGGGUUAUUCAACCCCACUUUAUGUGGGUGAUGAGCUUCAUCAAAGCUGGUUUUAUCAAAGACGGUAUUUUGGACAUCAAUCUGUGUCGUCAGAGAUCAGAAAAACAGAUCCUUCAGUUAAGCUGAACAGCCGCCUUAGCAGCAUACACAACAUUAGCUACAAGAUGAGCUUCACUCCACCACCUGAUUUCAAAUUCAGUCAUGAUAGUUCUCUGUCUAAAGCAGUUGAAAUUUCUGCUGAAGGAACAUAUGAUAGGGAUACUGGUGUCUUGUGCAUGAUAGGAUGUCGGCGUCUUAGAUCAAAAAUUCAGAACUUAGUUAAAAAUGAUACAUUGGACUGUGAGAUUAUUGUCAACAUUCAGUUUUCUCCAUUGAAUGGCAACGGUGGCAAAAAUGUCAAAGGAAGUAUUCAGAGUACAAGAGGAAAGUCUGACCCUCUUUAUUUUGGACGUCUUGAGUUGUCUUCUAAUUCACUUUACACUAGACAAGCUAAAGCAUCCAUUUGGAGAAUGGACUUGGAGAUCACAAUGGUUCUUAUUUCCAAUACUCUUGCAUGUGUAUUUAUUGGCUUACAGCUCUUUUAUGUGAAAAAACACCCAAAUGUGCUUCCAUUCAUUUCCAUUGUGAUGCUUGUCAUUCUUACCAUGGGACACAUGAUUCCUCUGCUACUAAACUUUGAAGCAUUGUUUGUGGCAAACCAUAGCCAGCAGACUCUUUUUAUUGGGAGUGGUGGAUGGCUUGAAGUAAAUGAAGUAAUUGUCAGGGUGGUAACCAUGGUAGCUUUCCUCUUGCAGUUACGUCUUCUCCAACAGACCUGGUCUGCAAGACAGGAAGAUGGGAGCCAGAAGUGUUUUUGGGCUUCUGAAGUGAAGGUUCUUUAUGUGACUUUACCAUUGUAUAUGGUCGGUGCAUUGAUUGCUUGGUUUGUGCCCCAUCAGCACAACUUAUACAGGGCAAUUUUACAUCCACACCGUAAGACAUACGUAGUCCAUCCUCUUCAGCGAUUUUCUUUACAGCAGCAUUCUCGUUGGGAGGACCUCAAGUCUUACGCAGGUUUAGUUCUGGAUGGUUUUCUGCUCCCACAAAUACUCUUCAACCUCUUCCUGCACUCGGGAGAAAAAGCUCUGAUCCCUUUCUUUUACAUUGGAACAACCAUGGUUCGUCUUCUGCCUCAUGCCUACGAUCUUUUCAGGGCCCACAGUUCUGCAUGGUACCUUGAUUUAUCCUACAUUUAUGCAAACCAUAGAAUGGACUUUUAUUCCACUGCUUGGAAUAUCAUAAUCCCUUGUGGUGGUCUGCUAUUUGCUGUCGUAAUUUUCUUGCAGCAGAGAUUCGGUGGCCGUUGCAUUGUUCCCAGAAGAUUCAGAGAAAGUUCUGUAUAUGAGAAAGUACCUGUUAUAAGCAACGACGAUUUGUAAGGGAAACUCGUUUGGAACACACUUUUAGCAUCUGGUUAUAGUUUUUUUCCAUUCUGUAGAUGCAGGAUUAUUUCCUAUUGAUACACACAAGAAAAAAGUUGAAAUCAUAUUAGGACAAAAUAUUAUAUAUAUAUAUAUACAUAUUCAUGGCA